CAGUCAGGACUUGGUAUCUGAAGCCAGCAGUCAGGACUUGGUAUCUGAAGCCAGCAGUCAGGACUUGGUAUCUGAAGCCAGCAGUCAGGACUUGGUAUCUGAAGCCAGCAGUAGCUCCAGCAGCAGACGGAGAAACAUCUGGGGGAGCAGCUGCAGGAUGCGCCUCUUCGCUCUCCUGUGGACCCUCGGCUUCCUGAUGAAAGAGGCGCGGGCAUGGGGCUACAAAAACGGAAUAUUUCAUAACUCCAUAUGGCUAGAACAAGCCGCUGGAGUUUACCACCGGGAAUCGCGUAAAGGAAGAUACCAGCUGACGUAUAAAGAGGCCAAGGCUGUCUGCAAGUACGAGGGCGGGAAGCUGGCCACUCAUGAACAACUGGAGGCGGCGCGUCAAAUAGGUUUCCACGUGUGUGCUGCCGGAUGGUUCGACGGUGGACACGUCGGCUACCCCAUCGUCAAAGCCGGCGCCAAAUGUGGCUUUGGGAAGGUCGGCAUCGUCGACUACGGAAUCAGGCUGAACAAAAGUGAGAGAUGGGAUGUGUACUGCUACAACCCAAACUCUAAGGAGUGUGGUGGGGUGCUGACGGAUCAGCAGAAGAUCAUUCAGUCUCCGGGCUUCCCUGAGGAGUAUCAGGACGAAGACAUCUGCUACUGGCACAUCCGUGUGCGCCUGGGUCAGAGGGUCCGCCUCCACUUCCUGGAGUUUGACGUGGAGGAAGACACGGCGUGUCUGGCAGACUACCUGGAGGUGUACGACAGCUACGAUGACGUCUCCGGCUUUGCUGGGAGAUUCUGUGGCGAUUAUUUACCUGACGACAUCAUCAGUACAGGAAACGUGAUGACGCUGAAGUUCCUCUCCGACGCUUCGGUCACGGCCGGAGGUUUCCAGCUGCAGUAUCUCGCCUUCAACGCGUCUUUGUUUCCACAGAAUCACACCGAUUAUUUCCCCUGACCGAUGGUUUAACACACUGAUGUAAUCCUGUUGCUGUUUUCACGAUGUUAUUGUUACAUUAUGUACCGUGAUUAAUAACUUUUGUUCCUAGCUGAUUUAAUAAAUCACUCAUUACUGUUCAUUAAACUGUGUUUUGCAGUUUCAGACUGUUCAGUUCGUACUUUCGAGAUAAAAUUAAAAAAUCUUGAUUUUGUGUACACCUGGCCUUGAUUU